UUUGGACCUCGCUCAUUGUGGCUGGUGGCUUUCGGUGCCUCUAACCCCUUGUUUGCGUUUAGGGGCUCUGUUUCUGAGAUGAUAUGUUCGUGAUUGCGGUGCUGUGCUUUUCGGCGGCGAUAUGUUUUGGAUUGUUUUGGUUUGGUGAAAAUAGUGGUCAAUGUAGACUACCCCUUUCUUGCUGCGUAGAGACGUCGGAGGCUGAGGGGGCGGAAACGCUCACUGGUGUUGCCCCAGCAUACUCUCGUCGUAAAGGCCGUAGACUCUGCACGAGCCUCUCUCGGGACUCGAUGUGUUCGACCCGGGUUGGACGACGUUGGCACGGCAGGUUGCCCAGGCACGGUAGGGAUAGCUGGCGAAGAUUGGGCUGGUGCGGUGCGUGGUACAAGGCUCAUAAAGAAAGCUUUUCUCGUUGCAUUUCUGGCCAUUCUAUUGACCACGGCGCCAGUGACAUCUUGGAUUAAUAAUUUUUAGAAAUACUCGCAGUCGGGGUAUGUAUUGCUCGGGGUCUCAGGG